AGACACCGCCAAGCUGCCAUGCCAAGCCAACGAGCCUUUCCAUCCACCAACUCACUCUGCAUCUUUCUUCUUCUCUCCUCCUACAUGCAUGCACACACCUCCGAUUCCUACCCCCAUCGCCUCAUGCUCCAAUCCCCUCUCUCUCUUCUGUUUCUCCACAGACAUUCGUAUGCUAUAAAUGCAUCGUAUCAUGCCAUAUUCAUGAGAGACUUUAGGCGCGUGUUUGAGCUUCUCGCCAGGGAAGAGAGCCGGCUAAAUUUGGCAAUGAAUUAACCAGCAGCCAGCCAUUACUGAGUGCAGUUAUUCCUUCAGUUGACCGUUUCCAUUUUGCGAGGAGAUAGAGAGAAGAGCAGACAAGCCCAGCGUGCCGGUUCUUGGCAUUUGGGAGUCGAUUAUUGAUCCUGGUUGGCUGCAUCGCGGCGAGGUGGCUCGGAUUAAUGGCUUCCAUUUGAUCGAGAUAGUCAUGAGGGAUUGAUCUAUGCGUUGCGUUUGCGCCGGCGGAGCUCGCGAAGGAGGAGUGGUUGGUUGGUUCUUGCAAUGAGCGACGUCUCCGGCAGCUUCGUGGUGGCCGUGGCCGUGGCCGCCAUGUCGCUGGCCGUGGCGGCGGCUGCGUCGGCGGCGGCGCAUGACUACGGGGAGGCGCUGCACAAGAGCCUGCUCUACUUCGAGGCGCAGCGGUCGGGGCGGCUGCCGUACAACCAGCGCGUGCGGUGGCGCGGCCACUCGGGCCUCACCGACGGCCUUGAGCAGGGCGUGGACCUGGUGGGCGGGUACUACGACGCCGGCGACCACGUCAAGUUCGGCCUCCCAAUGGCGUUCACCGUUACCAUGCUGUCGUGGGGCGUCAUCGAGUACGGCGGCGGCGUCGCGGCAACUGGGGAGCUCGCGCACGCGCUGCAGGCCAUCAAGUGGGGCACCGACUACUUCAUCAAGGCGCACACGAGCCCGAACGAGCUCUGGACGCAGGUCGGCGACGGCGACUCGGACCACUACUGCUGGCAGCGGCCGGAGGACAUGACCACGUCGCGGCGCGCGUACAAGGUGGACGCCGAGAACCCGGGGUCGGAGGUCGCCGCCGAGACCGCCGCGGCCAUGGCGGCCGCCUCCGUCGUGUUCCGGCGCGCCGGCGACGCGCACUACGCGCACCUGCUCCUCCACCACGCGCAGCAGCUGUUCGAGUUCGCGGACACGUACCGGGGCCGCUACGACGCGAGCGUGGAGUCGGUGAGGAGCUACUACCCGUCAUCGAGCGGGUACCAGGACGAGCUCCUGUGGGCGGCGCUCUGGCUGCACCGCGCCACCGGCCGCCGCGACUACCUCGACUACGCGCUCGCCAACGCCGAUGCCUUCGGCGGCACCGGAUGGGCCGUCUCCGAGUUCAGCUGGGACAUCAAGUACUCCGGACUCCAGGUCCUCGCAUCCGAGCUUCUGGUUGAGGAGAAGCAGCAGCUACUGCGUCUGAGCGACGAGCAGCGCGCGGUGGUGGAGCAGUUGCGGUCCAAUGCGGAGUACUACGUGUGCUCGUGCAUGAACCGGAACCCCGGCGGCGCCGAGCACAACGCCGGCCGCACCCCGGCGGGGCUGCUCUUCAUCCGCCCCUGGAAUAACCUCCAGUACGUCUCCAGCGCCGCCUUCCUCCUCACUGUCUACUCCGACGUGCUCGCCGCCCUGGGUCAGCCCCUCCGCUGCGGCGGCAUCGACGCCGGCGGCGAGGGCGGCUUCGCGGACGCCGGCGACGUGCUGGCGUUCGCCAAGUCCCAGGCCGACUACAUCCUGGGCACCAAUCCGAUGCGGACCAGCUACCUCGUCGGCUACGGCGCGGCAUACCCGCGGCAGGUCCACCACCGUGCGGCGUCGAGCGCGUCGUACCGGCACAACCGGGACUUCAUCGGGUGCCUGCAGGGGUUCGACUCGUGGUACAGCGCGCGACGGGAGAACCCGCACGACCUCGUCGGCGCCGUCGUGGGGGGCCCCAACGCCGAGGACGUCUUCAACGACCACCGCGGCGCGUACAUGCAGACGGAGGCCUGUACGUACAACACCGCGCCCAUGGUCGGGGUCUUCUCCAAGUUCAUGCAGCUCGAGGGGCAGCAGCCACGGCGGCCGUCGUCGUCGGCGACUUUGGCGCCAGAGGCGGAUCUUUGAUAGACGAAUUCAUUCCUUAAAAAAAACCUUCGAUGAGACGGUGGAAAAAUAAACAUUGAUGAAAGAAAAUAGAAAAAAAAAUGAUCCUGGAGUGUUGAUUAGGAUGGAUGUAUGUAUACAUGAUUCUUUUUGUUGAUUCA